AUGUAUAUCUAUUUUGCAGCUAUUCCUCUUCAUUCGCUUGCUUCAUCUGUUACUGUGUUCAAUGGAUUGAACUUCUCUGAGUGGCAUGAACAAGUCCAGUUCCACUUAGGUGUGAUGGAUCUUGACUUGGCUCUGCUGAAAGAAAAACCUGCUGCUAUUACUGAUACGAGCAGUGAGGAUGAGAAGUCUUUCCAUAAAGCAUGGGAACGCUCUAACAGAUUGAGCCUUAUGUUUAUGCGAAUGACUAUUGCCAACAACAUUAAGAGUACUAUUCCACAGACAGAAAGUGCCAGGGAAUACCUGAAGUUUGUGGAAGAACAUUUUCGUUCUGCUAAUAAGUCUCUCACUGGUACACUAAUGGCUGAACUUACGACCAUGAAGUUUGAUGGGUCGUGUAGCAUGCAAAAUCAUAUCAUCGAGAUGACUAACAUUGCAGCAAGACUUCGGACCUUGGGGAUGAAAGUGGAUGACUCCUUCUUGGUUCAGUUUAUUCUGAAUUCAUUGCCUCCUGAGUAUGGACCAUUCCAAAUUAACUAUAACACUAUUAAGGAUAAGUAG